GCUUACUUUGGAUUCAAUUUAAACUUUUUUUUUGCAUAUAUAUCAAUUAACCUAUAACAAUAGACUUUUGCAAAGAGAUUAAUUCAGGAGAAGGUCUGUAGCACUGAAAUAGAUAUACAUCCUGAAUACAUGAACAUAAGUUCUAUAAUAAACAUUACAGAAAUGACAUGGGAAAACUUGGCUCUUUGGUUCCAGUUCUUGGUUUUAUUUUGGGAACCAUUCUCUACCUCCAUAAACCCCAGCAGUACAACUUCCUACAAACCAUUAUUUCCAUUGAAAUGUACAGGUCGGGUUGCAGUCAAAAGCUUUUCCGAUGGUUCCAAAAGUUAGGUUGGAGCAAAGGAGUGAAAGGAACACGAAUAGCAGCUGAUAAAAUAUGCAGCGAAUUCGAUCAGAAAAUUGUGUCAUGGAAGAAUGAAAUACAGGUGGAGCUUGGAAUGCCUGCACCUCCUCAGCAACCAUUGAACGUGGACUUUGAAAGUUCAGAUACAGAUAGCUCACAUAACUCCCUAGCUUCCUCUGGUUCUGAGAUUACAAACCAAGAUUCCUCUGAUGUAGACUUCAGUAGUGAAGAUGAAAGUGAUAUAGUACCCCUACCAUUUGAUGAUUCCCUCCUUGAUGAACCUGAGGCGGAUGAACAAAAUCCAGGGUAUUCUGUUUGCUGGGACAAUGUUCAGAAGCUGAGUAUGACUCGCCACCACCUCCGGCAGGAAAAUAAGAUGAUGUUGUGGGCCUUGUGCUUCGCUGCUAAAAACCGUAUAUCCUUUCGUGACUUAGAUACAGUAGAUAAUACAUUCUCUGUAACAGAUAUAGGACUGCAGAACUACCUACCCUCUGAUACAGACUGGAGAAUACUGAGGAGUAGAAUGGAGCAUCUUGUACAGAAAAUAGUCCAGGUUUACUUUCCCCAGUUCAGUGAAAUGGAUGUUAAAGAUACUCCUCAUCAGUACACACAGCAGUCUCAAAAAAAGUCUGAAAUAGUGCCAAUUGGACAAGACAGAAAUCCUUACCAAAUUCUUUGCCAUGGUGAUCAGCUGAGUGUGGAAAGGAUGGUUGAGGCAAAAUUAUCUAUGGCCUUCAGUGAGGAUGCAGAAGAUCAACUCACUGGUCUUGUCCCGCGUCCUCAGGGGUUUCACAAAAGGUGCAUCAUCCUGCAGGAUUCCAUGAACAUGCUCUUCAGUGGCAGCACUGUGGGUGACAAGGGUUCGUUAUGCCAUAUAAAAAACAAGUUCACCUUUCGAAGUGUUAAGAAAAAAAUAUCUGAUUGUGUAAAUUCAGUAGUGGACUUUUUCAAUUUUGUGACUGAAGGUUGUGUGUGCUUGAUAAUUUGCAAGCUACUAAAUAUCAAGAACAUUGAUGAGUUGUCAAAUCUUGUACCUGAUGAUGACAAAGAGAGGCAGGAUAUGUUUGUAGAUCUGUGCAAGCAGGUGGUUCAGCUAUCUUGGCCCCUGAUAGACACACAGUCAAUCCAGGAAGUAGUAGUCGGUGAAGCAGCAGAGGAUGUCCAGUACCACGACGAUACAAUCAUCUACUGGGACAACAAUCAGAUAUUGGAGGAUACGCUGCCAUAUCAUGAGGACUCUGACAAUGACUUUGUUGAUGAACCUGUCGCAGCACACCAGGAAAGUGGAGACUCAGUCUAUCAGUACAGCCGUAGCAUGUUGUGGCGCGGACUUCUCCAUAUGGCCCAGACACAUGCAGAACGCACCAACAAUGGAGACCAUAUCAUUUCAGAUUGGAGAAUGGACAUGGUGCAAUUCUGGAAUCAUAACCACAACAAAUACUUGAUUUUAGGUCAUCGCCUCCUUGGAGGUGUCAGUGGGUGUUUACCUCCCAGAUUAAGAAAUGAAGUCAUCUGGAAUAGCACUGCCAAUCUGACUGGAAAACCUGGACACAAUAUAGCCCUGGAUCUUGUGAAUGAAUUCCUGAAUAAUGAAUUCAAAUCAAACCUGAAGAAUUCUCAUGGGCAAUACACAGAUGCACAGGUGUCAAGAUGCAGCCAUCUAGUAGGGAGUGUUGGCAAGUCUAUUGAAGACAUUUUCCAAUCUGAUAUAAUUCAGGAUUAUAUCCCCAAGGCAACGACAACAGAUGGUUCCUCUAGACCUAAAAUUAAGAAAUUUAUUGAUGAGUACAGUGGAGAGAAUUUGUUUGAAGAUGAUGGUGAAAGACAUCACACAGGAUUUGAAAAUUUUGAGCACAAAGUAGGGGUGAACAAUCCAGAAAAGUUAAAAGCGAGGCUGCAAAAAUAUGGAAAAAGUAUGGAAAAUGAGGAAUACAUAUUCAAAAACAUAUGAUUUUGAGAUCAAACACAGUCAAUAUGCAGGUGGGGUUAAUUAAAUAUAUACAUUGUACGUACAUGUACAAAUCUUAUGUUCUUGAACAAGGACAGCAG